AUGUUAGCGGUGCGUAUUGUGGAAUAUAAACGAUGCGUACCGCUACGAGCUGCUCAUCGUAUUGUGGAAUAUAAACGAUGCGUACCGCUACGAGCAGCUCAUCGUAUUGUGGACAUGCACCGCAAUGCGUACCGCUACGAGCUGCUCAUCGUAUUGUGGACAUGCACCGAAAUGCGUACCGCUACGAGCUGCUCAUCGUAUCAGGGAAUAGAAACUCAUCCUUCAUCCAAAGAAAAUACGGAGAAGGGCGGAGUGGCGCAUACAAAAGGGGCUGAGGACGUGAUGGUGAAACAAAAUAAAUAAAAUUGUGGUACCACGGUAGCACCGCU